AUGAAGAUUGCAGUGGAGGGCUGCUGCCAUGGCGAGCUGGACAAGAUCUACGAGACUAUCGCCUACCUGGAAAAAAAGGAAGGCGUCAAAGUAGACCUGCUGCUUUGCUGUGGCGACUUCCAAGCCGUGCGCAACGAAGGCGACCUCAGAUGUAUGGCGGUGCCUGCAAAGUACAGAACCAUGCAGACCUUUUACAAGUACUAUUCUGGAGAGAAAAAAGCUCCCAUUCUCACCAUCUUUAUCGGUGGUAACCAUGAAGCCUCCAAUCACCUGCAGGAGCUCUCGUAUGGAGGCUGGGUGGCUCCCAAUAUAUAUUAUCUGGGUUAUGCUGGAGUGAUUCGCUACAAAGGGAUCCGAAUUGGCGGCUUGUCUGGUAUCUUCAAGUCACAUGACUACAGAAAAGGUCACCAUGAAUUCCCUCCAUACAAUCCUGAAACCCUGAGAAGUGUCUAUCACGUGCGAAAUAUUGAGGUGUUUAAACUAAAACAGAUUCGAAUGCCCAUCGACAUUUUUCUGAGCCAUGACUGGCCUCGCGGAAUCUAUCAUCAUGGGCCCACGGAAGAGCUGCUGCGUAAAAAGAAAUUUUUGCGGCACGAGGUUGAGUCCAACUCUCUUGGCAGUCCCGCUGCAGCAGAGCUCCUAGAGCAUCUCCAGCCCGGCUAUUGGUUCUCAGCACAUCUUCACGUCAAGUUUGCUGCCCUGAAGCAACAUGAGUCAAAACCCAACACUGCCCCACGGGCCACAAAGUUCCUGUCUCUGGAUAAAUGUCUGCCCCAUCGAGAAUUCUUGCAGAUUGUGGACUUACCAGAAAGAGUCGGUUCAUCUGAUGACUUGGAAUAUGACCCCGAGUGGCUUGCAAUACUGAAGGCCACCAAUGAUCUGCAGAGAACCACCUCUCAUCCAUGGAACCCUCCAGAGAAUAAUGGCCUGCAUGAACGGUGGGACUUUACAGUCUCUGAAGAGGCACUGAUGAAGGUGGUAGAGCAGCUCAACGGCGAGCUUGCCAUCCCGAACAACUUCAUCCGCACCGUGCCGCCCUACGAACCAAGUAGUCCUCACUUUCAUGCCGCCCCCAGCUACCUCGCCAACCCCCAGACCACAGAGUUGUGCACCAUCCUGGGCCUCACGGAUCUCUACACCCAAGCGGGCCAGGUCGGCGCCACAAGCGGCCCUCAGGAUAGCCGUGUCGAGGAGGAAGAUGACUUUCAGAGCGGUGACGAGCCUAGCGAGUACCCAACUGACAUUUCGAGCGCGUCAAACUCAUUUAAUCCUGACGAGAUUAACAUAGAAGAUGAGUGGGAAGAGGAGGAAGGUGAAGAACGUAUCGAAAGCAACACCCAUUCAAAACCGUCCAGCGGUAGCACCCACACACCCAAAACCAUGGUCCUGCCCCCGCCCAAAUCCCAAGUAUCACCCAUUGUUAUGCCCCCUCUCCUGGAUUUGCCUCCCCACUGCCAGUCGACACCCACAGUCCCUCGACUUCCUCCAAGUGACAAUGACGUGGAAAGUGGUGAGCGCUUUCUUAAACGGACUAGCGAAGAAGCAGGUGAUCCAGGGAGCCAGACUACGACACCGCGGAUCAAGCGCCGGAACCAAAUAAUCUACGCCACAGUGGACGACGAGUGUGACGAAUAG